AAUGAAAAUUACAGAUUGAUAUGUAAAGCAAAUGUCAGAAUACAGGUAGGGAAAUUGCUUUAAGAAGGGUCAAAGUCAUAGCAAAAGUAGCCAGGUCAUUCCUAUCAAUCAUCUGUAAAUCUGCUUUAAUGUGUUGCCCGCAAUUCACUGCAGUCCACAUUUCUUUUCGCCCCUUUGGUUUUUGUUACCACUUUUUCUAUUAAUAAAAGGAGUGGAAGGUAGAAGGAGAGAAUCAAAUUGAAGAACAAGAUCAGACUGCAAGGCAGAAACGAGUCUUUGCUUCUUCACAAAGGUUAGUGAUCAGUUGAAACCUAUAGCCUUAGGGAGCAAAAAUGGCAACCUUUGCCGGGACUCAACAAAAAUGCAUGGCAUGCGAUAAGACUGUCUACUUGGUUGAUAAGCUGACGGCUGAUAACCGGAUUUACCACAAGGCUUGCUUCCGAUGCCACCAUUGCAAGGGUACUCUCAAGCUUAGCAACUACAACUCUUUUGAAGGAGUGCUAUACUGCAGGCCUCACUAUGAUCAACUCUUCAAGAGAACUGGCAGUCUGGACAAGAGUUUUGAAGGAACACCAAAGAUUGUCAAACCUGAAAAGCACAUAGAAAAUGAGAAUGCACAGAAAGUGGUGAACUUGUUCGGUGGAACCAGAGAAAAAUGUGUGGGCUGUAAUAAGACCGUGUAUCCAAUUGAGAAGGUUACGGUUAAUGGAACAUCAUAUCACAAGAGCUGCUUUAAGUGUACCCAUGGAGGUUGCACCAUUAGUCCAUCAAACUACAUUGCACAUGAAGGAAAACUCUAUUGCAAACAUCACCAUAUCCAACUCUUCAAGGAGAAAGGAAACUACAGCCAGCUUGAGAGUGACCGCGACAAAAACUCCAUCACUGACAAACUUACGUCUAUGGAAAUUGCUGCUGAGUCAUAGCUUACUGCCUGAAUGAAACUCUUUUAUUAUUAUUUUCCUCGCCAUAUUCCAUAACCUCCCUUGCAAGAUAAGCUUGUAUGAUGUGCCAUUGGGUUAUUUUUCUAAGUGGAGUGAUGAGCUAUUGAACAUAAGAGUCUGGUCAUGGUUUGUUUCAGCAUUUGCUUGGAAGUAUACAAAUACGAUUUCUGUGGCUUGAAACAUCGAAUUUUAU